AUGAGAGGGGCCAAGGAUGGGGAAAAGAUGAUGAGUCCUAUGUUUCCUAGGCUUCAUGUGAAUGAUGCAGAGAAAGGAGGGCCGAGGGCACCUCCAAGAAAUAAGAUGGCCCUGUAUGAACAACUCAGUAUUCCUUCCCAAAGGCAUAGCACUGGAUCAGGGUCCACGCUGCCUUUCCGUCCUAACAACGCCAGCACCUUGGCUCCUUCAAUGUCCUCUAGCCAUGGGAUUGGUCAUGAAAGAAGUGUCUUUACUCCAUUCAGCAACUCCCCUACAGCUUCACAUUUGGCUGAGAAGCAUUUUUAUUAUUCCUCUGGAGUACUUAAGUCAAGCGCUCUGACGACAAGUCAAGAAGAAAAGUCUGUGAAAGCUACAAAUGAUCAAAGCUUGAAUACCACACAGCCAUUGUCAUCUAGUGCCAAGUGCAAUUCAUUUCAAUCGCAUAAUUUCUCCAACUUUAAGAACUUUUCGUGGAAGAAGUUUGGAGAUGAAAAAGACUCUAGAUUUCAUAGCUCUGCCCAGUCAGGAUCAAAUUUACAUCGUAACAACAGUCAGCACAGCAAAGACCAAGAAAAUCGGCAUUGUUUGAACUUGAGCUUCUCUGUGCAAUUUCAAAAUACUUCUGAAAAGCAGAAGAAAAGAACAGGCACCAUAGAUGUAAAUGAAAUAGACCAUAUGAGAAUACAAAUAGAAGACAACGGAAAAGUAAUUGAGGCUUGUCAGGAUCCCAUGGAAAAAUCUGCCUCAGUUGCAUCAAAUAAAAAUAAACCUUCAGUAGAUGCAUCUUCAAGCCCAGCAGGCAAAAUUAGAAGCCCCAAAUCAUUAAAGCGAACGCAUCCAUCUUCAAAUCAAGAGUAUAGCAAGAAUUCCAUGAAUGUCCUCAAACUCUUACCUGGUACAGAUGCACGGUUGAAUCAGGAGCUUGUCACAACGCCAGACAAAACUGUCAUUAGGGAUAUGAUUUUGACGGAACCUGGAAUUGUCACAGGUAAUCAAAAUGCUUCCAAGGUGAGAAGUGAAUCAUAUUCAAGGGCAUCGGUUCAAGAUGAUAACAGGAGUCCUCAUGGGCUUGGGAAUGGGAUCAAGGACCAUGUAGACAGGCAAUCUGGGUCGUUGAAGGUGGGAGAUGUUGAGAGGCAUGAUGAUGCCUCAGAAACUUCCAUGGUGGACUCUGUAGUUGCUCUGGAGAUUACUCCUGAUGAUGUUGUAGGACUAAUAGGAGAGAAACAAUUCUGGAAAGCAAGAAGAGCUAUUGUCAAUCAGCAAAGAGUCUUCGCAGUGCAAGUAUUCGAGUUGCAUAGACUAAUAAAGGUUCAAAAAUUGAUUGCUGCAUCACCGCAUCUAUUGCUUGACGAUAACUUUUAUGUGGGAAGAGCUUCCUUGAAGGUAUCCCCAGUCAACAAGGUACCAUCUGAGCGUGCUAUAGAAAAAUCAUGUGGAAUUGUUAAACCAAAAGAUCAUUCACAAAAGCAGCAUGCUAGCACUGACUCUGCAGAAGAGAAAUUAGUUGGGAAACUUCCCCUUCCUUCUGCUAAUGAGGAAACAAGCAAAGAACCUAUUAGUCAGAGAUCAAAUAAUGGGUCUCAUUCGGCAAGUGCACUGCCAGCUCCUAUGGCUAUCAAUGCCAAGCCAUCUCCAUGGUGUUUCCCACCACCUGGAAAUCAGUGGCUAGUUCCUGUCAUGUCCCCUUCCGAGGGACUUGUUUACAAGCCCUAUGCAGGACCGUGCCCUCCAGCUGCAGGAUUCAUGGCACCAGUUUAUGGCAGCUGUGGUCCAAUUAGCCUAGCUCCAGGGAGCGGGGACUUUUUGAAUGCAGCAUACAGUGUUCCGGCUUCUGACCACCAAGGGAUUGGGAUCCUUCCUUGCACCCCUCCUUUUGGGCAGACUUUCUUUCAACCAUACGGCAUGCCAGUUGUGAACCCAUCAACAUGUGACUCUGCAGUAGAGCAGAUUAGCCCUCUCGUUGGAUCACAGUUGAAGGACAAUCAGUUAUCAGUUGGAGAGGUCAACUUCACCAUCCCCCAUCAAAGUUCAUGUAACAUGUCGAGCCAGAUGAGUAGAGUGAUCUCGUGUCGUGUUGGGAAACUUCAAGGAUCAAAAGAAAGUGAGGUCCAGGGAAGUACUGCAAGUAGUCCCCCUGAGAGACCCAAAGGAAAUGCACUUCCCCUUUUUCCAAUGGAACCAACGCUUCAACAAUCUUAUCCAAAUGCACAAUCUAACGAGGAGCAGGCUCGUGUGAUUAAGGUUGUACCCCACAACCCUAGAUCAGCAACUGAAUCAGCAGCCCGAAUUUUCCAAUCUAUACAAGAAGAGAGAAAACAGUUAUGA